AUGACGAUGGGGGCGGCGGCGAAGAAGAUCGGCAUCGAUAUCAACUGGCUAAAGGAGUUCGUGGGCUCCUCCCCCGACGGCGAAGGCGACGCCGAAGUCUGCUUCGCCUCCCCUCCCUCGGCGGCCGGGAAGGGGAGGGCCAAGGGGAAUGCGUCCGCCCACUCCUCCCCCGGCGAGGGAUUCGUCUGCCCUCCCCCGGCGCCGGCCAAGGGGAAGGGGAGGAGGGAUGAGGAGGCGGAGACGGAGGGGGAGUUCUCUGGGAGAUCGAACGACGGGCUGCGGCGGGACAUCGCGGAUUUUUCGGACGAGGCGCUGCAGCUUGAGAUCGCGUACGCCCGCAGCACGCACCCCGCAUUCGGAGGCCUAAUCGAGCAGGAGAAGAGGGAAGGCCGCAAACGCAUCCUCCGGCUGCUCGAGGAGGAGGCGCGGCGCCGGGGGAUCGAUACCAACAGCGCCAAGGAUGGCGGUGCUUCCUAUCGGGAUCCUCGUUCUGACGCUUACUCAUUUGAUAUUGAUGAUUCAGAGGCAGAACGUGCUGCCCGCAGAUACCAUCCGAAGUCAUCUCCCAUUCCCAUUCGCUCGACAAAGAAAAACUACGGAGAGCUAGGUCUGUUUUCACGCACAAGUUUCAAACAACCUGGACGAAUGAGACCUAUACCAGAGGAUAAGAUGUACUCAAGCAAAACAUCUCCAACUACUUUAUCUGGGCACAAACAGAGAGUCCGUGCCGUUGAUCCAAAGGAACAUGAUAGAGAAAAGCGUCGGCAGAUUCAAAGCAACUUUUUCAGCAAUCCUGCAAAUAGGUGGAAUGUACAGCAUGAAGACUCAUCUGUUUUAUAUUCUCGAAAGGUUAAUGAUGUGGUUCUCGUGGAUGACGAAGAUGCACAAUCUGAUGAACCAGUAGACUGUCGGGUGCCAGAGGAAUGGAACGACUCAAAAAUUUACUAUCCAUCAAGAGAUGAUCCAGAAGCUGUAGAGCUCACCAGUUCGGAUAUCAAAUGCCUUGAUCCUGGAGUAUAUUUGUCGUCCCCUGUAAUAAACUACUACAUCCAAUACAUCAAAAGAGACAAAUUUCAACGUGAAGCUGCCAGAAACAAUUUCCACAUGUUUAACACAUAUUUUUACAGCAAGCUUCAAGAAGCAUUAUCUGGGAAGCGCGAGUUCGUGAAGUUGAGAAGAUGGUGGAAAGGUGUCAAUAUAUUUCAGAGAGGAUACAUUAUACUGCCAAUCCAUGGAACGGCACACUGGAGCCUGGUGAUUAUCUGCAUUCCUGCAAAAGAGAGUAAUUCAGGACCAAUCGUACUUCAUCUGGACUCCUUAGGGAUGCAUCCUACUGAUGCCAUUUAUCGUACAGUUAGGAGAUUCCUUGAAGAGGAAUGGAAGCAUUUAAGGAACAACCCUCCUUCUGACAUUUCUAUUUCAGACACAAUAUGGGAGGAUCUUCCAAGGAAUAUACACAAGGAAAAUGUUGAGGUUCCAGGGCAGAACAAUGCAUAUGAUUGUGGCAUCUUCAUGCUCUACUAUAUUCAACGGUUUAUAACUGAAGCACCAGAAAAUUUCACAAGAGAUAGACUUGGCAUGUUUAGUCGCAGUUGGUUUAGAUCUGAAGAGGCUUCUAAUUUAAGAAACAAGAUAAGGAAACUACUGCUGAAAGAGUUUGAAAGUGCGAGGGUUGAUGAUGUUAUGUCUGAGGCAGCUACAGCUGAUGGCUCUGAUGAUGACUGUUUGAUGAAGGAAGGAGAAUCAGAGGCACCUACAGCUGAUGGCUCUCAUGAAGACUGUGUGAUGAUGGAAGGAGAAUCAGAGGCGGUUAUACCCUGUGCCAGUUCAGACAUGGGCGCAGAUGAUGUUAAGCCAGGGGCAGCAACAUCUGAUGGCUCUGAUGAAAUCUUAUGGAAAGGAAAAUCAGAAGCAGUUGCAUCUGGUGACAGAUUAGAAAUGGUGGUAGGAGGUGGAGACACAUUUGAAGGAACACCUUGGAGCACCCGCAAAAGUGAUGGAAGGAACAGAGUAUGUGUUCUUUCUGAAGAGGCUACAUUGCCUGGUAGCGCCGUGAAGGACGAUGUGAAAUCAGAUCCUGACAGCUCAGAAAGUGAAGAAGUUGUCGAGUUCUUACCUUCUGACAAUGACAAUGAAGAGGUCAUGCAUAGAGGAACACGGCUGGAUUUAUUUUAUUGUGAUGACAGCUGUGACAGUGAAGCAGAAGAGGUGACAGGUGCUUGGAAGCGAAGAUCAAGAACAAUGAAGAGGCCAGACAGAGCCAGUGACGUGCAGAUCAUAGAAGAUAGAAAGCCAAGAGCUAAAUGGGAUGUUUGCCACAUGACGUGA